AUGGGCUGGUCAUAUAAGAGAAAGGCAGAUGACAGAUGGACUCUAAGAACUCUGGAAUGCGAAGCAAAACGUCCUCGAGGAAGGCCACCGACCAGAUGGGCUGACGUUUUCGUUGCACGGAUGGAUCAACUGAAUUCUCAACUGGUAAAGAGUAAUGGAUGGACCUCGCAAACGUCGUGGCCGCAAUUCAAUACCAACAUUGUGAAUGACGCCAGCCAGGAGGGAAACGGAAAACGGAUGGAAACACGGCCUGCACGAGAAGUGAAGACAGGCCAUCUAACUAAGCUAGGUAAAUGGAAAUGGAUAAGCAUCAAAUUUCGUGCCUUAUAUGCACAAAGAAGAGGCGGAGCUGACCUCAAUGCAAACUACAUUUUGACGGGGUACAUUCUCGUAGUAAUUAAUGCCUAUGCGGUCGAAAUUCUAAGAGGCACAGGUCUCACUUCGCUGCAAGCAUCUCUCGCCAAUAUUGCUAUUGCGUUGGUUAGCAUGCACAAUGCAUUGGGCUUUAUUCUGAUUUUUGUUAUUUGUUUGUUCAUCAUUUUCUUCGCGAUCGGACCCGGUCCACUUUGCUACUUUAUCAAUGCUGAACUCGUCGGUCAAGCAGCACGAAGCGGAGCCCAAAGCUGGGCGAGUGUCGUGCAGAUGUUAAGUCGUUUCGUUAUUGUUACCAUUUUCUUACCGAUGAGAAAUACGAUUGGUGAUUCUUGGUCUUACCUGAUCCUAUUUGUUGCACCAGUGGCUGUUUCAAUAUUAUUCCUCUACUUCAAACUACCGGAAACCAAGAAUAAAACUCCAAUUGAAGUCGAGGCAGCUAUGGACAAGCUUCCAACAAUAUAUUCGAUAAGAUCAAGAGGAAAGGUUUCUUGUGUAAGCACAAAAUGUUGA